AUGGCAUCGCUCAAACAUGGCGAGAAGGUCGGCGAGUAUGUCUCGUCAGAACCAAUCGCUCGCACCGACAGCCGCGAAGAAGGCGAGAUUAUUGAGAACACUGAUCACCUCCACCGCCGUCUUGGAAACCGCCAAAUCCAGCUCAUGGCCAUUGGCGGCACCAUCGGUACUGCCCUCUUCGUCAGCAUCGGCGGCGGCCUCUACAAAGGCGGGCCGGGCAGCCUGUUCCUCGCCUAUACCAUCUACGCCUGCGCAUUGGGUCUUGUCAAUAAUUGCAUAGCAGAGCUCACGACGGCAUAUCCUGUCUCUGGUGGCUUCAUUCGUCUCGCGGGCCACUUUGUUGACGAUGCCUUUGGCGUCAUGUCCGGCUACAACUUCUUCAUCUACGAAGCUCUCCUGAUCCCCUUCGAAAUCACUGCUCUGUCCACAGUGCUCGACUUCUGGUCCUCGGACAUACCCCCGUGGGCGAUUCCCCUGGCUUGUAUAAUCUUGUAUGGCCUCCUCAACGUCCUUGCCAUCAAGGUCUUUGGAGAAGCCGAAUUCUGGCUGUCCGGCGGCAAAGUUCUCUUGAUCUUCAUCGUCUUCUCCUUCACCUUUAUCACCAUGGUCGGCGGUAAUCCCCAGCACGACGCAUAUGGUUUCCGCAACUUCAAGCACCACGCCUUCAAGGAGUAUAGAAGCACCGGAACCCUCGGCCAGUUUGAGGGCUUCUGCGCUGCUCUAUGGUCGGCCUCGUUCUGUGUUACCGGUCCCGAGUACCUCUCCAUGGUCGCUGGUGAAGCCAGACGUCCUCGCAUCUACAUCAAGAACGCCUUCAAGACUGUCUACUGGAGAUUUGCCCUCUUCUUCAUGGGUGGCGCAUUGGCUGUCGGCAUCAUCCUCAGCUCUACUGACCCAACCUUGACCGCCAUCAUCUCCGGCGAGAAAAGCGGUUCUGGCACUGCUGCAGCUUCUCCUUACGUCAUCGCCAUGGCAAACAUGGGCGUUACUGGUCUGCCUCAUCUAGUCAGCGCUCUUUUGGUCACAUCCAUUUUCAGUGCCGGCAACACCUAUACUUUCUGCGCCACUCGUAGUUUGUACGGUCUUGCUAUCGAAGGCAGAGCACCAAAAGCUCUCCGUUACUGCACCAAGAGUGGUGUUCCCCUUGUCUGCUUCGCCAUCGUCAUGGUCUUCCCUUGUCUCGCUUUCCUGCAGGUCAGCAACGGAUCAAACGUCGUCCUAGGCUGGCUCAUUAACCUGGUCACGGCUGGGGGUGUCAUCAACUACUGGGUCAUGUGCGUCACCUACAUCUUCUUCUACCGUGCCUGCAAAGCACAAGGUUUGGACAGGAACACCCUGCCAUACAAGGGUUGGUUUCAGCCGUACUCUGCAUACCUCGGUGCAGCUUGGAUGACCAUGAUUGUCUUCUGCUACGGCUACACAAGCUUUGCGCCAUGGUCCGUCAGCAACUUCUUCAUCUACUACACCCUCCUGCUUGUCGCGCCCGUUACCUUCUUUGGCUGGAAAUUGAUCAAGCGCACGCGUCUUCUCAGCCCGCUUGAAGUUGAUCUUGUUUGGGAACGUCCCGUCAUUGACAACUAUGAGAUGACCUUCAUCGACCCUCCACAAAGCUUCUGGUCAGAAAUGAUUGGACCUUUGAUGUUCUGGAGGCAUUCAAAGGGCAGCGACAGGCAGAUGAGUGUGAGUGCAUGA